UGUGUUGGGGCUACCUACAACAUCUCUUCCUCUCCCUCCUUUUAACUAGGAUAAAACCAAAAAAAAAAAAAAAAAUGGCUGACCAGGGGGUACGUGUUGGACCAUGGGGUGGCAGUGGUGGAGGUCCAUGGGAAUUCAUACCUGAUGGCAGGAUUAGCCAGAUCAGUAUCCGUAGCGGAUCUGUUGUUGAUGCCAUCUACUUUGUCUUUACAGAUCGAAGUGGUAACAACUACCGGAGUCUUCACUUUGGCGGUCCUGGUGGCUUUCUUCAUGAGAUUCCCUUGCCCAUCGGUGAGGAGAUCAUCAGGAUUAGUGGAAGAUACGGAGUUUUUGACGGCACCACCGUGAUUACAUCAUUGACUUUUAAGACCAACAGAAAUACCUAUGGCCAAUAUGGCACAGAUGGGGGGACUGAUUUCUCCUUGCCUAUAACUAAAGGCAGGAUUAUUGGAUUCUAUGGGAUGCAUGGUAGUUUACUCGACAAUAUUGGUGUCAUACUUUGUCCCUAGAAGCUAAGCUGUACGCAGCUAAUUACUUAAGGUUUACUUAAGCUGUAGCUUCAAUAUGUAUUCGGUUUUAUUUGGUGUGUCCUCAACAUACGAGGAUACAAUAAGUGUCCAUGUUAUAAUUGUAAUAAGCACACCAGUCGUGCACGUGCUGUAUAAUUAAUGUAUACUCGCAAAAGUUUAUAAAAGUUUGUUCAUUAUGUCGAA